CGUCCCCCCGAAGGCUCACAUGGCCGCAGCUCCUUCCGUGGCAGCGAUGGAGGAAGAGGAGGAGGAAGAAGAGGAAGCGUGGUUGUUGGACUCCCUGAGCCUAUACAACGACCUGCAUCUCUUUGAACUCCCCAGGCCCACCAGAGUCAUUGAAUGGACAGGAGACCAACGCAUUUGCGUUGCUGGAUACGAGAAUGGGAACAAGAACGAAAUUCUGCAGCUGCUUCUGCCUCCGAGGCUGCUCGCAAAACAGAAUAAGGGCUUAUGUCCGGAGAGAGAUUUCAAAGUUGAAAGGGGUGGAAUCUCUGAUCGUCCCAUCUACAGACUCAAACAUGUCCCAGGAACCAGUUUGUUGGUAACCAGUGGGCCACCGGACAAUGCACUGCAAGUUUGGCGUAUUGAACCAGAUGAAACAGAUAUGAUUAAGCUACUGAGUGUCAUCUCUCCCACAAAGACAGAAGAUACUUACUGGUCCAAAAUUGCAACCAGCUGUGCCAAACCGGCCUGCGUCCUCCACGGGCAAAGAAUCUGCAAUCUCCAAAUGACGGAAAUUGAAUCAGAGAAAAGUCCUUGGGUGGCUGCCUCUGCCAGCCCUGAUAAAAUCGCCAGUCUGGACUUCUUGGAUGAAGCCACCGCUGUAGUGUGUGGUGCCAAAGGGCAGCUGUUCCUUGUGGAUUUCCGGCAACAGCAGGGGAUUCUGGGAGCUCUCGAGGAGGCUCGGACCCCUUGGGCCCAGACAGAGGGGCUGAGCUGGUGUGCAGGAGUCGGCUCUGGAGAGACGCCACUGAUUGCCCGUCUCUCCUCAGGUGGCCUCGUUGUGUUGACGGACCUCAGACACCCUUCCAGCCCCCUGAAAGUGGCCCAAUGCUGCGUUCCCAUCCCUAAUCUCUGUGGGACAGAGUUCCUGUCCAUCAGCUUGGCUCCUGUACUGGCCGACAACCUGGCAGUGUCAGGUUUUGACGCGACCGUUCAGCUCUACAACACACAGGACUGGGACUCCUCAGGGCAGGAAGCCAAGCCGGUGUUCAUUCACAAAGGACACAUCUUCGGCACCCCAGGCAAGGAGGGGGGCAGUCCGGUGGUCACCACCCACACUUGGCACCCUUGGAAGCCCCAGACAUUACUUUCGGCUGCAAGCGAUGGAUCGCUGCACGUAUGGGACUGGUCUGACCCUCGAGCAAGCGAGCCAGUUUGACACCCUCUGUCCCCCCCUUCCCUUGGAGACUGCCCUCCAAGGUCCCCUGCAAUCUCCACCCUUCAUAGCACAUCCUGGAGUCUCUGGAUCUAAUGAGAUUUGGGAAUAACCUUGGGAGACAGACAGAAGAGCUGCAGACUAACUGACAGUCAGAUAAGAGGUAGUUGAGCCUGCAGCAGGAAUGAGGAUGUGCAAAGCAUCUCAAGAGGGACCCUACUCUAGUUUCUUGGACUGUAAAAGCGAGGGGGGGGUGUCAGAGAUGUUGUUACCUUGCAAGAAGCUUUUAAUGUAACCUUAAAAGAAAGAAAGAAAAGGCAAUAUUUCUGGGUAUGCCUCUUGUUUGGAGUACCUCACAAAGCUGACCUCAGUCUUGCAGAACUGAAAAUACAACAAUCCCUGUCCCAUCCCUCUUUACAGUCCAAGAAACUAAGGAGGGUCAAAAUAGAUCAAGAGAGACCACUCUUAACAGAGGGGGAGGGAUAUGACAUCAUCUAUCCAAUCUACAACACAGUCCUUUCAACAAUUCCAAGAAGGCUCCACACCCAUUUGUACCACUCAGGUGACCCUGAUGACACAGAUAAAACCUCCAGGUGACCUUAAUGCCUCCCUAAAAGAAUGCAAAUGACCAGCUGUCUGCAAGGAGUGUAAAUCCUUCCAUUCCCCAACAUUCAGUCAGAGCUGAAGAAGCUUCUUGGAUGGAGCAGCGAAACGUCUUCGAAGAAAAACCAGAAAGUCGAGUUGCCUCUUGAAGAAAAAAAAAAUCAGCUUUGGGACAUUCCGUUUGAGAUAGCUAAGAUUCCCCAAACUUAACUGGUACUAUAAGCUAGAUAGGUUCUCAUGCAAAUGAUUUCUUCGAGUGAAUUGGAUCCUAGGAGAAUUGGAUCCCUUUUGUGCAUCUUCUCCUCUCACUUUGGAAAGCUGUAGAAGGAAAACACAAUGUUUAUUUUUGAUUUUCUUUAAUUAAGCAAAAGCCGAAAGAAGAAACAAUAAAAGCAAUAAAAAAAAAGAUAGGGCCAACAAUAGAAAAAAAGGAGGUCUAUAUACAUAUAUCUAUGGAUGAUAUGUUUCCGACGCUGGAGACCAAGACGCGGAAUCCAUUUUUGCUGUCCACCAAAUUCAAUUCUCAGGUGUGCCCUUCCACUUGCAUCCUAGAUGUAGCAAGUCAACAAAGGGAGAGAAAGAAUUUCAUUUCUCAAUACGGUAAAAGGCCAUCGUUUCUCUGUCCAAGAUACGGGGAGAAACGGUGCACAAGUUUCUCAAUGCUGUGGUCACUCAGGAGCACCACAAGUGUCUCAGAGAUGAACAACGGAUUAAAAAACCGAGUGUACGCCAAGACAAGGCCAAGGAACAGGCAGAAGGCAAACAGCAACAUCAUCAGAAUUUUGGCUGCCAUCCAUAACCAUCGCAGAACCUUCCUUUCCUUUGACCCGUCCCGAGCCACUCCCACCAGCCUGGCUUCCACGAGUUCAUGCAUCAGGAUGCCCGUUGGCACCUGGUUCUCCUGGUCCAGCCGCAUAAACGUGGCCUGUUGCACGCAGAGAUCCUGUUGGUUCUGCAGGUCUUUGAUGCGGUUCCUCAGGUGUUCUCUGGCUUUCUGAAUAGCCAUGACUUUCUCCUUCAGUUGGCCGGAUUGGGUUUUCUCCGCACGGUAGUUGUGCUCCAUCUCGGACAGUUUAUCCUCCAGGUUACGCAGGUACUUUUGAACUUCUGACGGAAGGUUCCGCAUCUCCUUGAGGUCAUUCUCGUGAGUAGGUUUCUCGUUUUUGAAGACGGCCACUUGGCUGGUGACCUCGUGCAUUUCCUGGUUGAGGUCGUUGUUGACUUUCGCCAAAGAUUUGUUUUGCAGCGCUAAUUCGUGGAUCGCCAUGUUGACGUGAUCCAAACUUUCUCUGAUGUCCUCCACAGUUUUCUGAAGGUGUUCCAUGGUGGACUUAAGGUGAUUCACUGUCUCCCGAAGACACUUCUGCUGCUCUUUGAUGUAUUCCUUUUCUUUGAGGAACUCCUGGUUCUCGGAGUCCAGGAUGGUUACGUUCUCUCUCAGCUCCUCUACCUGGAGACGGAGAUUCCGAUUGGUUGCCGAGAGAUCCUCCAGUGACAUUGUCUGUUUUUUCUGAUCUUGCCCCUUAUUUAAAUAAAUACUAAAUAAAAUAAUUUUUGAGUC